AUGAUACCUCCAUCAACACAUUUGAUCCCUUACCCACCGCAUUUGCUGUCCAUGCCAUCAUACCUGUGGACUCUGCUUCUCAUGGCUAUUCUCAUAGCCAGGCGCAGUGGCGUUCGGGCUCAGCAGCAGGCGCCAAGUCAGCAGCAGCAGCACAACUUAUGCGGUGGCUACUUGAAUGCAACACAGGGCGUCAUCCAGACGCCCAGCUUCCCCAGCAAAUUCCCCGUUCCCAUCACCUGUGUCUGGAUCAUCGACGCCUCGAGCAAUCCCUCCGCCAAUGUGUCCAUCGUCAUCUACCUGACGCAGAUGUACGCCCUGAACGGGCUCAAGUUCACCGAGUACAUGUACUACAGUGCCGACUACAAGGUGCCCAGUCCGCAGACGUUCGAGAUCAGCGAGGACAACGUCACGCAGGUGACGUGGCUCAAGUUCAGCAGUCCCUACUUGGAGGUCAAAUUCACCAUGCACUCCAUCCACGGCAGCCACCUGCGCGCCCUGGAUCGCCUCCUGGACGUCUACGGCUUCAACAUCACCUACGAAGUGGGGCCCGUGAAGACCUACCAGUGCAACGCACUCAAGUGCCGCUUCCUGGGCCACUGCUUCGCCACACACAACUUUAGCGACUACUACUGCUCCUGCUUCCCCGGUUUCAGUGGCACUGACUGCGGCUUUGGGCCGCUCUGCAAGGAGUCAAACAGGAGCUUCUGCGAAAAUGGUGGGAUUUGCAAGCACAUCGGAGAUGCGGCAGUUACGUGCCUCUGCCCUAAUGGAUUCAAGGGAAAUAAGUGUGAUGUACCAGAAGUACAUUCAGUUAGUGGUCAGUGUGGAAGUGAAAAUGCUGACAACUGCCAUCGAGAAUGUGUAUCCAAUGGUGGUGAUGACAAAUUUUGCAAAUGCCGUGCUUCGUCAGCAAAUUUUCAUCGCCGCCAGGACAGAUACGAGGUGACGAUUCGACUCGGUAACUCAUCACUUUUUCUUGGAGGCGAUAAGGGCAACAAUAUCUCGACGACAUCCACAAAGAGAAUCAAUACAGUGCUCUCGAACCAUUUGGAGAAAUACAUUAAUCGAUUCCUGCGAAAUUCCAACAUCACCAAUGUCACUGAUUUGGCGAUAUCCAAGGAAUUAUCAACUGGAGCAGAUGUAACAUUCCAUUUCUUCGGGAGUGAAAUGGACGGAUCGCGAGUUCGCGAUGCUGUCAAUCGCUUAGUGGAACGAGGACGAAUCGGGAACUUCACUUUGGUUCAAACAUAUCAAUCAUUUCGUCAAGAACCCGGCUUACAACUGCAGUCGGUGGUGGUCAAUCAAAAGUCUGCAAUUCGCGAAAAAUCCGAAUUUAUUUUAUCAUGUGUGGCUCAAGGAUCGCCCAAGAUGACUUUCCGCUGGUACAAGAACGGCGUCUUCAUCAACAUUACGAGGGCAACAAGGAAUAUGUGGACACGUCUGCUCCCGCUGGAUUCGAAAAACCAUUACACAGCCCUACUGGGAAUAUCCAAGACCAGUCGCCUGGAUGAGGGCCUCUACACUUGUCAGGUGGGCGAUUGGGGGCGGCAGCAGUGCCAGUCGACGCUGGUCUAUGUCCUGCCAGCGCCGCAGCUGAGGAUCGAUCCGCCCAGCGUGACUCUGUACAGAGGCGAGUCGCUCAGACUGCGGUGUCUGUCGCCCAACAAUGAUCACAGAUACGGCCCGCUGGGCUACAGCUGGUCCAAGAACAGCCAGCUCUUCCAGUCCGACCCCGCGACGGAGUUCUGGGAGGAUCUCUAUCCGGACGGCAGCAUCCUCAACAUCCGCAACAUCCAGAAGUCCGCCGAGUACUCGUGCGUGGUGUCCAACAUGGUGGCGCCGGUGUCCAAGAGCGUGUACAUCACGGUGAUAGACAAGGGCAUGGUGGAGCUCUGUCCGGCCAACAAGAAGUUCGGCGUGCAGUGGCCCGCCAGCGCCCCUGGGCCGGCCGUCCUGGCCGACUGUCCCGACCACGCCGCCGGCCAGUCGAAGAGGAUUUGCGAGCAGACGGACUUCGCCAAGCCCCGAUGGCUGCAGCCGGACUUCUCGCAGUGUGUGCCAGAGCAUUUGGGGGCGAUUUACAAUGACUUCCUCGAAGUGACGUUCGGCUAUCAGAGGUCGAAUACGUCGGUCAUUCUGCAGAACACCCUCGAGUAUGCCAUCAACAGGAAAAUCCACUUUCUGCCCGGCGAGGCGGCUUUUCUGCUGAAAAUGCUACAAGAGAUUCACGAUUAUUUGGACGAAGUUGGAUCGCAAUGCGAGCGUGACAUUGCAUCGGAUACGACUCUUCAAAUUCUCGACAUCAUACUGAAAAAUGAAUUUUCCAUCAACAAUCAGCAGCAAGUGAAACAUGUCCAGAGGUUAUUCCUCAUGGCGGCAUCGAAUCGGGAAAGUGUGGCAACGUCAGGACCGAAAUUGGCCGCAUCAACGUCCAACCAAUUGAGCUCAUUUCGUUUGCACAACACGCCCGUUAAGGCCUUGCCAUUCGAAUUGCAAAUAUCUGGGGAUCAGCUGUUCUCGGAUCAAUUGUACUUGGAAAUCAACAAGGGCACGACGUCCCUUCUCGAUUUCAUCGGCAACUCAUCCCUCUCCGUCACUGUAAUCUCAUACAGGAACCUCACGAGCUUUCUGCCACACAUGUACAUCACUCGGAAUAGCCAAGGCAUCGACAUUGAUUACAUUCCAGCAUCUCGCAUCAUUUCUUCAUGACUAUUUCUGACCAAUCGAUCAUCAUCAGUGGAGGAGUCCAGCGGCCAGCAGACCAUUCCCAUGGGCUUCGACUCGGCGCGCGUGGAGAUGAUUCUGCAGCACAGUCAUGCCCCAACACCUGAGUGGGUGCCCGUCUGCGGGUACGAUUCGUCGACAAACAACCAGGAAGCGUGGAACACUGACCUGUGCCUCACGGAAAACCUCCUGGAAAACAUCACGCGGUGCAUUUGUCCCAUUUCCGGGACAUAUGUCGUCCUGCUCGCCCGACAGAAUUACAAUACUUCCGCUGUUCAAACAACAACUCGACCAAUGUUUGUCAUCCUCUGCUGUGGCUGUUGUUUCAUUCAAUCAUGUACGGCGUUCGCAGUGCUGCUUCCGGUGCUGUACCAUCGUAAAUGUAGCGUAACUUUUUUGAAGAUGCAGUUUUGUACAACCACAUCGACUGUGAUGGCCAUUUUUACUCUGGGACUCGUGAAGCUUCUGCCAAAAGACUGGUCCGGCGUGAUUAGCUCAACACUGGCUGGGCUCCUGCUGAUGGGAUCCACAACUCUUAUCGCCAUAAUUCUCAUCGUCCAAUACGAGGUGGGACAGCAGCUGCGACGCGCUCAAUCAGUGAACAUCUCCUCUGGUCUGCGCGGUGCCAUCGGCCUGAGCUGGCUUCUGCCUAUUUUGUAUGCAAUGUGUGUCCCGCUGGUACACAGCAUCGUGAAAAUGUGGCCCAACAAUUGGUGGCAAGAAGUCGGAAGUUUCGGAUUUAUGCUUUUUGUUGGAACGGAAAUCCUAUUUGUGAUACUGUUUGCCCUUUUAUUCUUCACGUUGAUAAGGAAGCUCGUGUAUUUAAGUCGAAAGAGCGACAAACAUAAUUCAUCGAUUAUGCGGAGAAUUGGACUGCUCGUGAGAUCGGCCUUCCUCUACAUUGUGAAACUACUCACAAUUGUCUCAUUCCUUAUCUACAUUAAUUAUAACGAAUUUAUCAACAGUUGCAUCUUCGGACUGAGCUGUUUUAUAUUGGGUUCAUCAAUUUUGCUGUGCUUUGUUGUAAAAGCCGAGGAGAAGCUUAAAUUUGAGCCAGUGCAGAAGCUGAAAAACGGCAGCCUGGAUGAGAAUUACUACACAGGAUCCAUAAAUAGUCCACUGAGCUAUUUCACAAAUCAAGACGUGGAGCAGGACAAUGAGGGGGUGCCACCGUCGGGCAAGGUUCCCAUGGCGAUCCUGUCGCAGUCACAGCAGCGCUGUCCCCUGGAUCGCCUCGCCACGAUGAGUGGUCAGAGUGCAGAGACUUUCAUGAGUGCUGGCAGUUUUUCGCCACUGCCCUCCAUCGAGGGUGGCAAGGUGCUCGCCUUCGACGCGUCGCCGAAGCUGAGGGAGCAGAGCGACGGCAAGUUCCCCGUGGUGGAGCUGCAAAGCCACUCGUCCCAGGCGUGCGGCAACUACCAAGUCUCCCCGGGAAAGUGCUUCAUCCCGGAGCCAACGGAGUUCGUGGGUGUGGGCGGCCUGGACAUCCUGCAGGGCGUUGCACCAGGUGAGUCAAUCCUCCCCUCCUGUGCAACACAUUGUGACACGUGUUGCACUGCGGCAAACGUGAAAAUUACAUCCAAUUUGACUCUCGCACGCUACACAAUUGUGGGCAUCAGGGCGCGGAUACCGGCAGACAGUGUUGGCCAUCAGCACCAUCACUCACAUCACUUCCACCACCGCGCCGCGCCAGACGCCGUGAUUAUUCCCUCGUCACCGCAGCCGCCGCUGCCCAUCAUCACGGUCACCUCGCACGAGGAGGACGCCGCGAUGGAGGGCAUGCUGGACAGGAUAUCGCACGACCUCGACUACCUGCUCAAUCGCACGGCCACGCCGCCCGAGAGCGUGCCCGUGAGGCGGAAGGGCGAGCAGACGGUCCACUUUGCGCCCACGACCUCCGCAGUCGCCACCAUCCCAGUCGCCCACGCCCCCGGCGCCCAGGGCACCCCCGCCGCUUCCUACCCCAUCGGCCACAGCGUGCAGGAAGUGAUCAUCGAGGCGGCCGAGGAGUGAGUGUGUGCUCAGUAUUCAAUUACCGCCCCGAUACUUCCUUCCUCGCGCCCACGGGUGGCACCAUAUCAGGCGAGCGGACGGUGGAGAUUGAGGACAAUUGGCUCUGUCAUAGGGGAGGCUGGGGCCUCCUAGCGAACUCAGACGAAGCACUGACACAAUUCAGUUCCUCUAUGGCGUUUUGGGGUUAUUUUUCCUCCCCAAACAGGUAUGGAAAUAUGUUGGGAAAAGCUGACCAAAUUCAGUAUUGUCGCCUAAACUCUUGCACCAUUUCCGUGGCUAAUUGCAAUCAAAUUGACAAAGCCUCAAAACAGAUCAAUAAGUCUAACAAUAAUCAUAGUUUUUCUAUUACGCGCUUAGAAAUAUUCUGUUUCAUCUUUAAUAUCGUUUAUUGGUGACAAAGAACUUUAUCCACUGUUAAGUUUUCUCUCUUAGAUAAAUAAUAGCAAAACAAAGUGGUGUUUAUUUCCCCAAACUCUCCUAUUAAGUUUCUCACUGGAGGAAAUGUUGAUUAUUUGUCUCUAAUGACAUAUUGGAAAUGUUGGUGGCUUAACAGCAACAAUCGUGCGAUUAAAUCUGUUACGCAAACCCAGAAAAUCUCAUAUUAUGUAUUUAUUUAACCACCAGUAAUGCAGUUCGUUAUUUAUACACUUUAAAUAUUCCCAUUUGACACACAUUGUUGCUAAAUAAACCGUAUAUAGUUGCUGUUAUAUUGACACUUGUUAUAUUUUAGUUGUUUGCAUAAAAUCUUGAAAAGUGUCAGGAUAAUCAACGCUCUUGAAAAACUGUCAAUUCAGUGCAAAUUACACGCAAUAUAUAUACUGAAAAAUGUUUAAACUGGCGCGUUGAUUUAAAUUGGCUUUAAAAUAACAGUUGAAAAACAGAUUCAGCGAGUUAUUUCGCAGCGCUUCUGUUUAUUAUAAAUUGAUUUAUUUGUCAUGAUAACUUCGCUAUGAAAAUCUCAUUUAACACGUGAAAUUGACGAAGGACUGUGCUGAAUAAAUAAUUUGGCAGAGAGUGAAUUAAAAACUGUAUUGAGAAUAUUAAAAUCAUUCGCAUCCAAAUCAUUCACUGUAAUUCACGCAUUCAUCAUGAUGGCCUAUUUUUCAUCACACAUAAACAAAUCUAUAAAACAUUUAUGGAAGAAAUAUGACCUAUAAUGAUGUAGAUAAAAAUCGGGGCAGAGCUAUUCAAGAGUGAAAUGCGUUUUAAGAGAUUGUUGCAACUGAAGGAAGUAUCAGAAGCGCAGUAAGAACAAGGUAAUAGUAAAUAGUUUCUAUAAUAAACAAAUACUUACUCUUAGCGAAAAUUUUUGUACAUUUAUCUCUUAACAGGAAAAAUGAUAAGCAAAACUGUCACUCUGUGUAAAAAAAAAUGAAAGAUCUGUCAGAAAUCAAACUUCAUAAAUUAAUUUUUUUAUGUAAAACCAAAGUGUAAAACGAAA